AUGACGGACAUCAAUACCCGUUUCCGGGGGCUUCUACAGCGCCCGUACGAGCCCACGUUCGUGCCGAAGUCAAACGGCCAGCUGUACUACGAUCUACCGGAUAGCUACCUGACCGAUCACUAUCGGCCGUUCGGGGCCGCCCUGCAGAACCGCUUCGGAACGAACGCGCAAACCCGCAUCCCGUUGCCGAACAUUACCGCACCGGAUUUGGCGUUCGCGGACGUGGUUAGCCGUCGCGGUGCGUUCUCGGUGUUCCAGCCGGCCCAUCAGCGGGUUGCCGGGCAGUUGGUCGAGCUGUUUCUGGCCCAAUCGAAUCCGGAUUCGCUCAGUGCGAUGGCGGUGUUUGCGCGCGAUCGUGUCAACGGGCCACUGUUUCAGUACGCACUGUCCGUGGCGCUAAUGCAUCGUGACGAUACGAGGGGCGUUGACAUACCGAGCUUCCUGGAGCUGUUCCCCGACCGGUACGUCGAUCCGUCCGUGUUCCCGCAGCUGCGUGAGGAGGGCAAUCUGGUGGAUUCGGGCGAUCGGCGCGCGGUGGAGAUUCCCAUGAACUAUACGGCGUCGGAGCGUGUCGACGAGCAGCGGCUGGCAUACUGGCGGGAGGAUAUCGGUGUGAACCUGCACCACUGGCACUGGCAUUUGGUGUACCCGGCCCGUGGACCGGACCGAACGGUCCGGAAGGAUCGCCGGGGGGAGCUGUUCUACUACAUGCACCAGCAGACGAUGGCCCGGUACAACAUCGAACGGUUCGCCAAUGGGCUACCGAAGGUGGAACCGUUGCGCCAUCUUCGACAAGCCAUUCCUGAGGGGUACUUCCCGAAGAUCACCCGCAGCUCGGACGGGCGGUCAUAUCCGGCGCGGCAUCCUAAUCAGACGCUUAGUGAUCUGAAGCGAACGGAGGAUGGCGUUAUCGUCUCGAUCGCCGACAUGGAACUCUGGACGUCCAGGAUUUUCGAGGCCAUCGACAAUGGGUACGCACAAUCGGCCAAUAACGAGCGCAUUUCCCUUGACAACGACAGUGGGAUCGAUCUGUUGGGCAACAUAGUGGAGGCGAGUACGCUCUCGGUGAACUUGCAGUACUACGGCGAUCUGCACAACAAUGGCCACAACAUCCUCGGCUAUAUCCACGAUCCGGACAAUUCGUACCUGGAAGGAUUCGGAGUGGUCGGAGAUAAUACGACCGCGAUGCGUGAUCCCGUGUUUUACCGUUGGCAUCAGCACAUCGAUGACAUCUUCCAGCGUCACAAGCAACGGCUUCCGGCGUACACUGGCCCGCAGCUGGCAUUCAACGACGUUGCGGUAGACAACUUUGAGAUACAGCUGAACAAAGCGAACGCUCCGACGAACAUCCUGCUGACGUUCUGGCAACGGUCGCAGGUGAACCUCGGCACCGGGUUGGACUUCGGGCCGGAAGGAAACCUGUUCGCCACGUUCACGCACAUCCAGCAUGCGCCGUUUUCGUACCGGAUCCGGGUGACCAACCGGGCCGGUGAUACCCGCCGUGGUACGGUUCGCAUUUUCCUCGGACCGAAGACGAACGAGAGCGGACAAACGCUUCCGUUCCGUGAGCAGCGGCGAUUGAUGGUGGAAUUGGACAAGUUCACCGUGACAUUGAAUCCGGGACAGAACUCGAUCGUGCGUCGCGGAGAUCAAUCCAGCGUUACCAUUCCGUACGAGCGUACGUUCCGCAACGUGUCCGCAUCGACGGUGUCCGGCAAUGAAGCGUUCCAAUUUUGCAACUGCGGCUGGCCGAAUCACAUGCUGAUUCCGAAGGGUUCACCCGAAGGGCGCGAGUACGAUUUCUUCGUCAUGGUUACCGAUUACACGCAGGAUCGUGUUGAAGACUUCGAUGAAAACGUCAACUGCAACGAUGCGCACGUGUUCUGCGGGCUCCGUGGACGGCGCUAUCCGGAUGCUCGGAGUAUGGGCUUCCCGUUCGAUCGUUUCACCCCCGGAUCGGUGGGCAGUUUGUUGGACUUCACGAAGCCGUACGUCAACAUGCGUGUGACACCGGUGAAGGUUCGCUUCACCAAUACGGUCAUCGCAAGGUCCUAA